GCGAGAGACUCGAGAGACCAGCUCUAGAACCGUUGGAUCAGUUUUAAAUAUGUGGCUAGAUUUACUAUACGUUAUAUUAGUAUAAAACCUGUAUAAUUCGUAUAAGGGCAGUAGAUGGAAUGGUUUAAUUGUUAAAAAUAAAAAUACGUACGUUUCAGUGUAUCAAUCAUAGAUUCAUUACCAAACCUUCCUUUUAAUUAAAAGAUUAUGCAGACAAUCUACAUCCCUGAUUGAUGCCUGUUCAUAUUUCUAUUUUUUUCUACGUUCAUGCUCAAGUCUAUCAAUGGAGAACAAUCGAUCUUAUCAAGCUUGUUCUGAUGCUUCAAGCAACAGUUUACCCGAGGGUUCCAAUCUUUUUGAUGGUGUUGAUCUUGAGAACCUUGGAAAGGACUGGAUUCCCGAAUUUCCCGACAGGUCAAAACCUAAAAUGGGUCAACGUUUCAGUGAUCUUGAUCAGGGCUAUAUCUUUUAUAAGGAAUACGGCAGACAAUCUGGAUUCGAUGUACGUCGUUCAACCGAAAAGAGUGAUAGGUUUGGUAACACUAUAACAAAGUAUUACGUGUGUUCUAGGUCAGGUAGGCCGGAAGACAAAAAUCUUGACGAGAACACAAAAAGAAGAAGAACUAUAUCAACAAAGUGCGAAUGUCAUGCAGAACUUGUGCUUGGGAUUCACGACGGUGGAGGAUUUUUUGUUAAAAAAUUUACAGAGGCUCACAAUCAUCCGUUUGCAGGCAAGGGGGGAAUGCAAUUCUUGAGGUGCAGCAGGCCCCUCUCUGAUUUCCAUAUGAGGUUCAUUGUUGAUGCUUCUAAAUCAAACAUUGGUGCCUCACGAGCCUUUACCAUUCUAAAGUCCAUGAUUGGUUCAUAUGAGGAUAUAGGAGCUACUGUUGUUGAUUUUAAAAACUUUUCUAGGGAUAUUAAAAAACAUAUUGGGAAGCACGAUGCUGAUAUGAUUAUUCAGAAAUUCAAGGAUAUACAAGAUUCAUCAGACCCCCAUUUUAGAUUUGAAUACCGAACUGACUCACAUAAUCAUCUAACUCAACUAUUCUGGGCAGACGGUCAAUGCAGAAAAAAUUAUGAAGUUUUUGGUGAUGCGGUUUCAUUUGAUGCAACGUAUAGGACAAACAGGUAUGGAAUGGUUUUUAUUCCGCUAGUGGGGAUAGAUAACCAUUGGAAGAGUGUAACUUUUGGUGCAAUAUUGCUUGAGAAGGAAGAUAACGAUAACUAUAUAUGGGCCUGUGAAUCCUUCAAGAAAGUUUUUGUCAAGAAUCCUAAAUGUAUAAUCACAGAUCAGGACCUUGCAAUGAAGCUUGGUACUGUUUUCUGCGCCGAGUCAGGCUUCAUGGAGAAACUUAACCAGUUUAUCUGGUCAGAUCAUAUUACUCCAGAAGAGUUUGAACAAGGAUGGUCUGAUGCUAUUGAAGAAUUUGACUUGAGUGACAAUGUAUGGCUCAGGGAAAUGUUUGAACUGAGGAAUUUUUGGAUUCCAGCAUACUUUAAUGACGAGCCAAUGGUUGGCCUUCUCCGAACAACAUCUAGAUCAGAAAGUUCUAAUUUUUAUUUUGGCAAUUAUGUUCAAAGAGGAGACACACUUUCAGAGUUUUAUCUCUGUUAUCAAAGUGCAAUUGACAAACAGAGGAAUAACUCGAAGAAAUUGACCCACUAUGAUGAUUUCACACCAAAGUUAAUAACUGACAGAGAGAUUGAGAAGGAUGCACUGAGGCUUUACACCAGGGCUAUGUUCUAUAAAGUACAGGAGGAGAUCAAAGCUGGUAGUAUGGAUAUUGUCGUCUUGAGCAUGAAUUUUUCGGAGAAUACAAGAACAAUAAUGAUUCAAGACACAUUCAAAAAGGGAAUCACUUUCAAGGUUGCAGUUAACAUGGAGACAAACAAUAUUGAAUGUUCGUGCAAACUUUUCACCAGAGCUGGUUACCUAUGCUCUCAUGCUUUUUUCUGCCUUGGCAUAUGUGGAAUAAAAUUAAUACCAAGACAGAAUGUAUGCAACAGGUGGCUGAAGAAUGCCAUAGAGCGUUUCAGUACACUAGAACUUGGAGAAAUAUCUGAUACUGGUACAACACAAUUAUCUAGACGGGUUAAGUCGCAAGAUUGUUGGUUUGAAUUUCAGGGUUGUCUCAGUGAUGCAUCUGGGAAUCCCGAUAUUUUGGAGUAUAUUAGAAGUGGCCUGAGUAGUAUGCGUAAGCACAUUACAGUGACAAUGAAGAAGCCAAGGACACGAUUGAAUUCUGAACAAAUUGAAGAAUUAAUAGAUUCUCGUGUUGUUGAAGAGGUGACCAUACAGAAUCCUAACAAAAGCAACAACAAAGGCAGCAGAAAAAGGAUUGUAUCUGGAGCAGAAAAGUCUAUUGGCUGUAACAAAAGAAAGAAGAGGAAGUGUGCAACAUGCAAGGAAUAUGCUUUUCAUGAUUCAAGAACAUGUCCUGAAAAAAACUGA